UCUCUCUGUCUCUUAUCUCUUUUAGUACCUAUUACGUAUACUAGAUCAAUUGAAGAUGGCUGGAUCCAACCCCAAUACUUUGUGGGCACAACGAAUGUCGAGCUUUCAGAUCAAGCAGGCGGACCUUAAUCGCCUGGUGAUGAACUAUUUAGUCACAGAGGGCUACCAGGAGGCGGCACAGCGCUUCAAGGCCGAAUCGGCGCUGGAGCCGAGCACUCUGGAGGACAGCGUCGAUGAUCGCGUCAGGAUCCGCAAUGCCGUGCGAAGUGGCCAAGUGAAGUACGCCAUGGACCUGGCCAACAGGCUGUAUCCGCAGCUCUUUGAGACGGACAACUACAUGUACUUCCACAUGCAGCAGCUGCGGCUGAUUGAGCUAAUACGGGAGCAGAAGGUGGAUCAGGCCCUCGACUUUGCCCAGAGCAAGGAGUCGGGACUGAGCGAGGUAAACUCGGAAAACAUCCGAGAGAUGCAACGCGCCCUGGCCCUGCUGGCCUUCGAUAAGCCCGAGGAGAGUCCCUUCGGGGACUUGAUGAAGCCCGCCUUUAGGCAGCAGGUGGCCGGGGAGCUGAACACGGCCAUUCUCAAGUACGAGGGUGGCGAAAUAGUCCAGCCGAAAAUGAUGUUCCUCAUCAAGCUGAUCCUGUGGGCCCAAGACAGACUAGAGAUGGAGGGAAUAUCGGACUAUAGGCGAAUGGAUCUGGAGACGCCUGACUUCGAGGAGGAGAUCAGGCGGGCAUUCCAGGAUGGUUAAACCAAACGACUGGAAAGGCGCUUCAACAAAUUCGGUGACGCUGCUGCAACUAAUCUAUAAAUAUGAAUGUUUUUUUUGGUGUUUUUUUUUGGAUGUGCUGCAUAAUAAAUGUUUCAAU